GCUGGCAUCCCGCGCCGCGAAGAAUUCAAAUCAAGUCAAAUCAAAAGACUUUUGACUUUUGACUUUUAACUUUUGAAAGUGUGGCCCUUAGAUACCUACCGUCCACGAUACGCAAAGUCAUUAGAUUCGCUAAAAUUUAGGGCACGGGGAAGAGAGCCUUGUGCGGAGAUCAUGAAGCGAAUAGCGCUGUCUUCACGAUGACCGAAGCGCUGGAAAGCACAUGUUGGGCACGGGCCACUCUUAGUGUCUUGGCUGGAAGUAUUUAUCGUGGUCUUGCAGAGCUCAACCCAUAUAUCUAAGAACUGAUACCAAGAUGGCUACCCCACCUUCACCGAGUUUUCAACCGCAGGCCUGCAGAGAGACUAUUAAGGCAACUGAAGGAAGAUUGACUGAGAUUUACGCCAGGGCUGAAGAGCUAUGGAGAGAUAGGGAGUUAUCUCAGAUGAGGCAGCGUUUCAAAAAUGGAAUCGACGCAGUUAUUCCCGAAUUACAACAGGCGCUUGAAACAAUCCUUAGCGAGCAAGAGUCUGACGAAGAUAUCCUUACAACGCUGUUGUUCGCUUUGAACAGCAUCCUUGGCUUCACAGUUGGUGUCAUUCGCGUCCACAGCAACAACGAGUAUUUCGAGUCAUUUCAACAAUGGUGGUACUGGGAAGAUUUACGUAAAGAAACCAAAACAGAGUCCAACCUUCAUUUCCUUGUAGUCCAUCUUUCGGAGUGCUUCUGCGACGAAACAGAAAGCCAGUCCGCAAUAACGUCGUCCUGUGAUGUGAUCGAAUAUCUGCUGUCUACGGUUAAACAACAUCUGAAAAUAUUGGAGAGGCAGAAUACAAGAGCGAAACGCUUUGCAGGAAAGGACUAGAGCGACCAUAGCUUGAAAAUCUACAUCCAAAUGCAUGGUCACUUGAAUUGAAAUACGCUCAGAGAAUUCCCAGACGUUCGUGUUGACAUAAAACGGUUGGCCCUAUCCGUGAAGAAAAUCCCCCAAA